CACCACACAUGGGACAUCUUCUUCAACUCCCUUUCAAGGAGUUACAGCAACAGACAUAAACAUCCCAUCCUUCCCACAUGGGCAAUCUUCUUCAACUACCUUUCUAGGGCGGAUAUCUAGUGCCUGCAAUUCUACAGAAUAUGCUAAAGCUAAAAUUAAACUUUUGGAAUAUCUCGGCUUGGAAAAGAAUGACUCUGAGAAUUACAGAAUGUGGCCCUUGAUGUACAACUACAUCCAAAACAGCUACUAUGGCAACCGACCUGCCAACAUUUAUGUGGACCUAUUUGUGACCUCUAUCAUAAAUGUGAAUGAAAAAGCCCAGAGCCUCUCAACACUGGUCAAAAUGAUAACUGUGUGGCCAAAUUUGAAUAUGAAAUGGAAUACUUCAAAUUUUUGUGGAAUUUCAACAUUUUAUGCCUUCAAAAAUAUGUUUUGGACUCCAGACAUUGGUAUAAUUGAAAGCUCACAUCCUAAAGGGUUGCGAACUCUGCAUUUCCUGCCUGAAGAUGAAGGCAGGGGCAUAUGCCGACCCCCAAAAAUGGUGAAGGAGAAUUAUCCCACCAGGAUGGAUCCUACGCCCCCAACCGCCAAGAAUUGUAAGAGGAAAUAUAUACCCACCAGUGGUGAAUCUUGCAGUUCCUGA